CCAAUCCCCUGAGCCUAAUUCACAACCGCCAAGUUCCUAAACCGAAGCCACAUCCGUUAAAGCGGGGUAUUUGAUCAACAGAAGUGUUCUUCCCACCAACGAAAUCUUGAGGGGAGGAGUCUAACGAUCUCAAUGAAGAAAAUCUCGCCGUAUGAGGUUGAGAGUCAACAUGUGGAAAUUCAUUCGAGACUCGUUUCUGCUAUUUGCUUUCACAGCUGGCACGUCAAGAGCAGUCAAUAAUGGACUGGCGAGAACACCACCACUUGGUUGGAAUAACUGGAACAGUCUAGGCUGUGAUGUUUCUGAGGAUCUAUUACUCGAAACAGCGUCUCAGCUGGUCAGUCUGGGACUCAUGGACGUCGGCUACAAAUACACCGUCCUCGACGACUGCUGGUCCGACGGGCGCGACUCCAACGGCCGGCUCAAAGUCGACCUCUCCCGCUUCCCCAACGGCAUGUCCUCCGUCUCAUCAAGAAUCCACUCCCACGGCCUCCUCUUCGGUAUGUACUCCAGCGCCGGACACAUGACCUGCGCGCGAGGCGAAGGCUCCCUUGACCACGAAACCGAAGACGCCCAAUCCUUCGCCGACUUUUCAAUAGACUACCUGAAAAACGACAACUGCUACUCCCAAGGCCGAGCCGGCUCUGCGCAGGCCUCGUUCACGAGGUACGACGCUAUGGCGAAGGCGCUAAAUAGGACUGGUAGACCCAUUGUGUAUAGUCUUUGUAAUUGGGGAGAGGAUUUCGUUAUGAGUUGGGGUGUGUCGAUUGCCAACUCGUGGCGGAUUAGUGGUGAUAUUUAUGACUCCUUUUCUCGGCCCGACGAUCGCUGUUCUUGUACUGAGAACGACCCUUCCAGUCCAUGGUGUGUCUCGCCUGGUGCGCACUGCUCCGUCUUAACCAUCCUGAAAAAAAUUGCACCGUACGCAGACCGUGGUCAGCCUGGAGGCUGGCAGGAUUUGGAUGCGCUGGAGGUUGGACUGGGAGGUAUGACUGAUGAGGAGUAUAAAGCGCACUUCUCGUUGUGGGCAGCUCUCAAAUCGCCAUUGCUCAUUGGUGCUGAUCUACGGAUCUUAUCUCCUGAAGCGCUGACGAUCCUCAAUAAUCCCGCGAUUCUGGCGAUCAGUCAGGAUCCCCUUGGUGUACCAGCUACUCGAGUUGAGCGCAACGUCAAUGUACCGAAAGACCGUUAUGGGAUCGGAGAGACGCAUGUUUGGUCCGGGCCACUGGCGGGUGGUGACCAAGUUCUCAUCUUUCUCAAUGCAGCGGAUGAAGACCUGGAAAUGGUCGCUUACCUCGAAGACGUCUUUGUAGGUCAAGGACCUUCAUGCUCAGCGCCGCAAUGUAACCAGGACUGGGUCGUUCAUGACUUGUGGGGGUCGCGGAUGGACAAUAGUGUGGCGAGUGAGUUGCUGGAGAAAUCUAAGUCUGGUGAAGACGCUGCUCGGAUUCUUCAGAAUGCAGAUCACUAUAAUGCUAGCUCACUGUCAUACAAGGAGGGCUUAGAGCAGCAAGAUAAACGCUUAUUGGGAACCAAAGUCGAUGAGAUUCCUGCACGGGGUUCUCUGAAGGUCAAGGUAAAGCGGCAUUCUGCGAAGGUUUACCGCUUGAGACCAAAAUCAGGUAUAUCUGGGAAGCGAUACAGUCACUUUAAGGACGAACUGUAAAUAAUGAGAUCGAGUCUGUACGAACCGGAAAGUGUACAGUCUUUGAGCUUGAAACAUAGAGCUGAUUAUUCGGAAACUUGGGUCAGGAUCUCCAGGUCAACAUUCAUGAGUCGAUAGAAAUGAAAAACAUGUAUACGAAG